GGAGAACGCUGCCUACAUGCAAUAAGCUUCGUCUGCGUCCAUGGUGUCUGUCGUUCGACUGGUGACUGAUGCAUUGGCACACGUUGGCACGCCAUGUAACGGAUUAGCCCAGUAAGCUAAGCUGUGGUUAUCCAUCUGCGGGCCGCAUCCACCUAUUUCCUUUAUACGCGACAACCACUCACCCACACAAAUUCAUACACCCAUGGGGCGCACGUCAUGCCACGUCAUGUGGCUUCGCAGAUAUGAAACUGACUGUGAUGAAAACAACAGCGACUCACGCACGAGCUGCUGGCGCCAAUUAGUCCGCACAUCUCAGAUCGUUCCACCGGUCUGUCUCGCCUGCCUUAGUGCAAACACCCUAGUAUACAUACAAGGACACACACAGUGCAAAGAGCAGCUGUGACAAUCACGGAAAAACCACGCACACAAACACUCACAUCCACAACGAACAACAUAUAAUUCUACACCUACUUAUUGCCUGCCUGCACCCCGCGAUGGACUAGUGUCCACAUUUGCGCCUGCCCGCCUCAGGCAUCAUUAGCAUCUCGUGUCACCUCGGUGGGUAUGUCUGGUGGGCACACACACAUACACACACACACUCAUGCACACACACACACGCAUCUGUCCGUCUGUCUGUCUGUCUGUCUGUCCGUCUCUGUGCGCAGCUCGUUACCUAAAGUCCUUACCUGGUUCUGACCACACCAUACCCUCCACAGUGAAUAUGAAGGGGUCAGCCUCAGUCAUACCCCUGCACUCAGACAUGACGCACACACACACACACACACGCACUCUGAGGGUCCGAAAGUGUUCGUGUGCCGCCACGUGCACAUACUUGUCCUCGCCGAACACAUUUUUGAUGAGUUCGUUGUCAUUGGCGUGCACCUCGACCACCUGCUGGUUGUCGUCGAGGCGCAUGAGCUUCACGUCAUGUUCGCUGUUUUCGCUGUUGGGGAGCUCCCGACGGAAGGUGUCGAAGAGAAAACGCUUCACGUCAAUGACGUGAAGUUUCUCGAAGUUGCCACCCGAGUUGUCGAGGCCGCCAUCGGUAUCCAGCACAUCAAACAGGAAGGGGCCCGAACUGAGGCCGCCUCUGGUGCAGUGGAAUUUGAAGUAGCGAAAAUCCCCAAUGCCAAUACGCAUGGGCUCUGAUGGUCACACACACACGCGCACGCACGCACGCACGUGUAUCCGUCGUCUGCAGACCAUGCCUGUCUGUCUGUCUGUCCGUCUCUGUGCGCAGCUCGUUACCUGAAGUCCUUACGUGGUUCUGACCACACCAUACCGUCCACAGUGAAUACGAAGGGGUCAGUCUUAGUCAUACCCCUGCACACAGACAUGACGCACACACACACACACACGCACUCUGAGGGUCCGAAAGUGUUCGUGUGCCGCCGCGUGCACAUACUUGUCCUCGCCGAACACAUUUUUGAUGAGGUCGUUGUCAUUGGCGUGCACCUCGACCACCUGCUGGUUGUCGUCGAGGCGCAUGAGCUUCACGUCAGCUACGCUCUUGAGCCGCGUCGGUAGGAAAUUGUUGUAGAGGAAACGCUUCACGUCAAUCACUGUCUCGAAGCUGCCACCGGGAUGGACCACCCCAAGCAGGAGGGGGACCGAACUGAGGCCGCCUGUGGUGUAGUAGGACUGGAAGUAGCGAAAAUCCGCCAAAUCAAUCGGCUCCAUGGCCAGUUUCGGCGGGCCCGACAUCUCUCUCUGGCAGUGCGGGGGAGAAGUUGGAUCUUGGGUGCGCAACGUUCGGCACGAGAGGGACGACACACACUUUCGUAGGACGCUGGCGAGGCU